AUGCCCAUAGGACUUAUGCGGGUUAUUACAUCGCGGCUAUGGUGUACAUUUUCUUUGCUUAGGACUGUUCUGUUAGCUUUUUGUGCCCUGAAUAUGAUAUUGGCAUUUUUAUUUGCGUGGAUAAUGGACUCAACAAACUUGGCGGUAUUUCACAUACCAGCCGUUGAGCGAGGAUGGGAUCUGAGGAUAAAGGCAAUGGCAUGCCGGCGUGCUGGGAUAUACUUUUUUUUCUUUUUUGUUCUGGUGGUAUUGGCGCCUUUGUGGGAUUUAUUGCGAGGUCCAUGUAGAAUGGUGUUCUGCCGACUGCAGUAUCAUGCGCACCAAAACUGCCGUAGAGUAGUGCCGCGUGACCAGCAAGGUCUUCUUGGUUACAAGGACAGUGACUCAGAUGUUGAGGAAUUGGAUAGGCGCUAG